AAUGUAGUUGUUCCUGUAUUUCAAAAUAGAAGAGUCUCCUACACCUUUCUAAGAAGCUCAUUUUGGAACUGCAGUUUUAAACAAAGAUGGCAACAUAUUCAAAGAGAGGAAUACCUGUAAGCUCGGUAUGUCCACAGUAUCUGCACACAAACUCUACUAGCCACACCUGGCCCUUCAGUGCAGUAGCAGAAUUGAUUGACAAUGCUUAUGACCCAGAUGUCAAUGCAAAACAGCUUUGGAUUACAAAAAGUGUGUUCAAACACCAGGACUGCCUCAUCUUUUUGGAUAAUGGAAAUGGCAUGGACUAUGACAAGAUGCACAAAAUGCUCAGUUUUGGCUUCAGUGAUAAGCAGCAGUUAAAAAAACAUGUUCCAGUUGGUCUUUACGGUAACGGUUUUAAGUCCGGCUCCAUGCGCUUGGGAAAGGAUGCCAUUGUUUUCUCAAAGAAAGCCAACACCAUGUGUGUGGGUCUGCUGUCACAGACUUACCUCGAGAGGACAGGAGCACAGGUUGUCCAAGUUCCUAUUGUCUCGUUCACAUACACUGGACAGACAGUCAGUGCUGCACCAGAGCAUGCAGAGAGUCUUCGAGAUAUCCUGGCACAUUCUUUGUUUAACACUGAGGAAGAACUGUUUUCUCAGUUCAAAGUCAUUGAAAGUCUUGCAAAACUAAGUGGAACCUGCAUCAUAAUCUGGAACCUACGCAGAAAAUCUUCAGGAGAAUUAGAAUUUGAUUUCUUGAAAGACCCCAAAGACAUCCGGAUCCUUGAUGAUGUGUACAAGAACUUCCGGGAGCCAAACAAGCGACAGGCACAGGGUAACGCUUCUGUACCUGAGAGUGUUUAUUCACUGCGGGCAUACUGUAGUAUCCUGUAUCUGAGUCCAAAAAUGGAGAUUAUCCUUCAAGGGCAAAAGGUGGACGCUCAGCCUAUCACAACAACUCUAGCAAAGGCUCGUACGGACACAUACAAACCUGAAUGUCUUAAAAAGGCAAUAACAAUCACAUUUGGCUACAACAAAAACAGCAGGGAGAACUAUGGAUUGAUGAUGUACAACAAAAACCGGCUCAUUAAAGCCUACGUGCGUGUCGCCUGCCAGCAGAAGGGCAACCACACCGGACAAGGAGUUAUCGGGGUUAUAGAGUGUAAUCACCUCAUACCAACUCACAAUAAGCAGGACUUUGAUGAUACUCAAGAGUACAGGAACACCAUGAAGAAUCUAAAUAUUAAGCUUGAGCAAUACUGGAAGACCUUCACUUAUAGCCAUCAAGAAUUUACGCCUGUUGAUAAUACUGAAAGUUGCACAGAUGCAGCUCAGGCAAUUUGCCCCAGGCUCUUGCCUGAGGUUUCUGAUGAGGAACAACUUGGAUGCCUGAAAACACACAAACUGCAAAAGAAGAGAACCCUGGUCCAGUGUCAAGAUAAAACAGAGAAGAAAAAAUCCAAGCAAAUCGAUUUUGACAACAACAUACCAGGGACAUCAACAUCCACAGCCUCAUCUGCCAUGUUUAGCCAUGAUAGCAGUGAUAAAAUAGUAGGAAGAAAAAACAUUAAAACACAAGCCAGCUCUGAACACCAACAGAACUUUGAAGUUCAGCUUCUUCAGGCCAAGCAGGAGAUAAAUCAGCUCCAAGUUAAGGUUAACAGUCUAGAAGAUGAGAAGUCCGCUUUGGCAAGCUGCUGUGAGAGCCUGAAGAAAGGCCGGAGUUGUACAGUCGAAGAGGAGCCGGAGAAUGCUGAUGAAGAACCGCCUAGAUGCGGGACACUCUACAGAGAGUAUGAGAGAAAUCAGUGGCAGGAGGAGAAAAACAGGCAACAGGCUUCAGACCUUCAGUUCACAUUCAGGACCCUCCUCUUAUUAUUACUCCUACAAGGUACUGUCAUCAUUCUGUCCCUCCGUCUGUCUCAUGCACCUUCACAUUGACAUGAUCUUCUGAGCACCUUUAUUUCAGG